UCUCGAGUGUCUCCAGAAGCUGACAAACAAGCUGACGAAGUAUUGACAAACUUGAAGCCCUGCCUAGUGUCAUCUCUGAGUCCGGUCCAGCCUUCAGCAGAAAUGAUGUACUGUUCUCUUCUGCUGAUGAUCCCUCUCCUGAUGGCGCAACACAUGUCCUGUACAAACCCUUCACUUCUGGGUAAGGCUCCAGAAGUUUCCAAGAGAGAGAAGUUACUAAGAGAUAGGUCCCUUUACAUCGGCAGAAGCUGCCAGGAAAUAAGGGAGCACUAUUUUGAAUUUGAAGACGGGCUGUACUACCUGACCACAGAGAACGGGGUGGUGUACCAGACCUUCUGCGACAUGACCACAGACGGCGGCGGCUGGACACUGGUGGCGAGCGUACACGAGAACAACAUCUAUGGGAAGUGCACGCUGGGUGACCGUUGGACAAGCCAGCAGGGCAGCAACCCCCUUCGGCCAGACGGGGAUGGCAACUGGGUCAACAUGAACACUUUCGGAACAGCUGAAGGCGCCACUGCUGAUGAUUAUAAGAAUCCUGGCUACUAUGACAUCAAGGCACAAGACAUGUCGGUGUGGCACAUUCCCAACAAUAAACCGAUGAAAGACUGGAACCCCACCGCCAUCCUGCGCUACCACACCGAGACACGCUUCCUGAGCCAAUAUGGGGGAAACCUGUAUCAACUCUACCACAUGUACCCAGUGAAGUACAACAUUGGGGCACCUCUGAUUAACAAUGGACCCUCGAUUCCCAUAGUUUAUGACCAUGGGAACAAAGAGACCACCAAAGCGUUUUACGGCCCUCUCCCUCAAAGGGAGUUUGAACCAGGCUUCAUCAGUUUCAGAGCAAUUAAUAGGGAACGGGCAGCCAUGGCCAUUUGUUCUGGGACCAAACCCAAAGGCAGUCAGGUUGAUGCGUACUGUAUUGGUGGUGGUGGGCAUUUCCCUGAGGCGGCCCCAAAACAGUGUGGGGACUUCACCUCCUUUGCCUGGAAUGGCUAUGGGACCCAUAUAGGCUGGAGUGCAUCAAAAGACAUGCUUGAGGCAGCUGUGUUACUCUUCUACCGCUGAUGGCCAGGCCCAUUUACUUUCUACAGUAAUUUUGUCAAUUAUAUUACUGUAAACUAAAGCAAUACUAUAAAAACAGGGGUCUCCAACCUUUCCAAGCAUGAGAGCUACUUUAUAUUUUUAUUUUACUUGUCACAAAAAUCUGAUUUUAUCCCCAAAUUAUGUUUUAUAUUUUACCAAAUUAUGUUCAGUUUAAUUUCCUGGUUUUAGAAAAAAAUAAAAAAAUUCAUAGAGAAACAACAAAAUUGGAUGUUCUGAAUCCACGUUAAUGCUUAAAUCAUAUUUAGAUUUGAGUGCAAUUCCCCUUUAACUGCGCAUCUAGCGAGUGAGGAAUGCCCUGUCUAAUGUGCCAGUUUAGCAAUGGUUCUGUAUUGCUGCUGCUCAUUUCAUGGCAAAGUUUGCAAAUAACAAUUAAUAGAUACAAAUUAUAUACUUACUCAUGAUAUACUUUCUGCCAGGUAAGCCUACUUUGCAGUUAGCAUAUAAUUGAGAAGGUUAUGGAGAAAGUAUUUCUGUCAACCCACAAGAUGGUUAUCACAUCAACUGACUACACACGGAGUGAUAGACAAACGCGCACACCACACACACAGACAGAUAGAGGAAAUAUUGCUGGAAAUUAAUUGGCAGAUAGUGUUAGGUUUUUCUUUUUAAUACAAUAAUCGAUAACCAGGGGUGGGAUACUGUCAAUGUUGCGUUGAGUAGAUAGCAACUGGGAGCUUGCGGUGUCUGAUACUUGUGAGAUUUGUUUAUGACAGUUUGCGGUGGAACAUGUGAAAAUUACAUGUACUUUCAGAAUUGUUUGGCGAGCUACUCAUAAGUGGGCUGCGAGCUACUGGUAGCUCGUGAUCGACCUGUUGAAGACCCCUGCUAUAAAACAAUAACUAUUCAGUACCAUCACAUGUGAAGAUGUGUGCCUUAUAUAAUCAUUAAGUUGCUGAUAUUGUGAUGCCAUCUUGAUGCCAAAAUUAUGAUUAGCAUCAACUUUCUACUUGCUCUAGGCCAGCCCAGGAUAAUGUAAAACCCUUAAUGACAACUGUUGUAUUUAGGAGGAUGGCAGUUGGAAAGUGGGUUUGUGUGUGCUUGUUUGCUUGUUUGCAAUUUUUUCCCCACUGUGCAAUAAUGUAACAAUAAAGUAGUCUAUAGAUUUGUGAACAUGAAA